AGUGUUCAAUAUAUUGUUUUUGUUAUUAGUUUUUUUUCCUCUCCGAAUCUUAAUUUAUAGUUAUAAUAUUAGUUUUAGGAAUAGUUUUUGUUACACCUACCUAUUUAUUUAAAACGUUAAAGGGUUUGACGUAAUAAUUAAAAUCAAUUUUAUUAGGGUUAAGUGUUAUUUAAUAGUAAUAUAUUUAUUAGAAAAAUCAAUUUCGUUCUGCCUACUUGACAUUAUGUUGUAUUUGUCUGUCAAAACAAACGGGUCCAAGACGUGUUUGUACGAAAACGUUGUGCUUUGUUGUAAUUCACGUCGAUGAGUUUUACUAGUUCAACUAUUUACCGUUUAACAAAGCUCUUCUUCUGUAACGAUUAAAUUGUUUUUCGUUUUUGUUAACUUAUUUUGUUAAACCGACAACAAGAUUUAAUUAUCAACAAAUAAAAAUCUAAUAGAAAAUUUAAAAAAAAUGAUGCAAAACGGAAUGGAUUCUUUGCCACACAACGGCUCUAUGCACACCUCUAGUACAAAUUCCCAUGGGUCGACCCAAGGAAAUUCUCUCAACGAAGAAAGCAAAACCAAUCUCAUUGUAAAUUAUCUACCACAAACCAUGACUCAAGAAGAAAUUCGAUCUUUAUUUUCUUCCAUCGGAGAAGUAGAAAGCUGUAAACUUAUUAGAGACAAAGUAACAGGAAUUCUUCCAUCAGGUCAAAGCUUAGGUUAUGGCUUCGUCAACUACCAUAGACCGGAAGAUGCAGAAAAAGCAAUUAACACUCUUAACGGACUAAGAUUACAAAACAAAACUAUUAAGGUAUCAUUUGCAAGACCAAGUAGUGAGGCGAUCAAAGGAGCUAAUUUAUAUGUCAGUGGUCUUCCAAAACACAUGACGCAACAAGACCUCGAAAAUUUAUUCAGCCCGUACGGUCGGAUAAUUACGUCAAGAAUUUUAUGUGAUAACAUGACUGAUUUGUUCGCAGUGCGCCAGUUUGUCGGCAAUUCCGGAGGAGAUCAUUCACCAUCCAUAUCAAAAGGUGUUGGUUUUAUACGUUUUGAUCAAAGAAUUGAAGCCGAACGAGCAAUUCAAGAAUUGAACGGGACUGUUCCUAAAGGUUCGUCUGAAUCUAUCACCGUCAAGUUUGCCAACAAUCCCAGUACCAACAAGGUGAUACCCGCCUUAGCCGCUUAUUUAACUCCUCAAGGCGCACGAAGAUUCGCCGGCGCUAUUCAUCACCCGACUGCUGGCCGCUUCAGCACCGGAAAGACUAUGCUGGCCAUAAACAAAGGCUUACAGAGAUACUCACCGUUGGCCGGCGACCUGUUGGCCAACUCCAUGUUGCCGGGCAACUCUUUGAACGGCAGCGGCUGGUGCAUAUUCGUAUACAACCUGGCGCCCGAGACCGAGGAGAACGUGCUGUGGCAGUUGUUCGGGCCAUUCGGCGCCGUGCAGAGCGUUAAGGUCAUCAGAGACCUGCAGACCAACAAGUGCAAGGGCUUCGGUUUUGUCACCAUGACCAACUACGACGAAGCAGUGGUGGCCAUACAGUCCCUGAACGGGUACACGUUAGGCAACCGCGUACUCCAAGUAUCAUUCAAGACCAACAAAGGCAAAGGAGACGCAUCCAGUUUGUUAAUGUCUCUCGCCGAUUCAUUAACCGACUGUUAAUAAUCUCAUCAAUCUUCUUCGAAUAUUUUCCAAUGUUAACAUACCAUUUAACUCCCUUCUAAAAACAUCUUUAACUGACUUGCGAAUACACUUUAUCAUGACUAUUCAAGAAGGUUUAAUUGGUGCAAAACAUCAUACGAGUUAGUCAAUGUGUUUUGGGUAAGGUUAGUAAAAUAGAAAGUACCAUAGAAAACUAUUUAAUUUAGUGUUAAAUAUCAACAUUAGUACUGAAACAAUACUAUUGUUAUACCAUUAUAUCUGUCGAAUUAGGGCUAAUUAGUAGAAUAGAAAAUAAUAUACUUUUAUUUUCUGUAGUGAUUUGUAGUGAAAGAUUAAUAAUGUAGUAACUUUUUUUUUGUUAAUAUAGGAAUAAAAUUAAGAUAAGUUUUUUAUUUUUUUUUUUAACCUUAAACGAACGUUUAAGCAAAAAGUAUUGGACACUUAGUAAAUUAGAAAUAAGUAAAAAAAUGUAUACAUAUAUUUUUUUACUUAUUGUUAAGGAUUAGGUUAAGUUAGAUUAAAACUAUUUAUGUAAGAUUAGAGUUAAUUAGAGUAUCUACAUAUACUCCAUAAUAAUUACAACAAUAUCAAAUGCCAAAAAUUAGUAGAAUAGAUUUUUUUAAAUUAAUAUUAAAAAAAUAUCUUUUGUAGUACAUUUUAGGAUCACUUUCACAAUUUGUUUUACUUUUUAGCACAUUUUUUUAUUCUGCACGUUUUUCAACACUUCUAUCUACUUUCGAACAUUCUUCUUAAAUAUAUAAUAUAAUUUGGUCGUUCUUUUCAUAUUUUGAUAUUAUGAAUACUAUUUUAUUCUUUGUCGUGUCUAUUGUUUAACGUAAUCACCAUUUUUUCCACAUACUUGCACAUUUCUUCAUAUUAGCUUUUAGUUAAAAAUAUAUUAUUGAUAUUAGUAUUACUAUAAUUAGGUAUUACUGUUAUGUGUACCUAUAAAGCGGUGUUACAGCUCGACUAAUAUUAGUUAUUUAGCGUGCUUUGAUCUAGCGUCGUUUCGUUCUGUCGACUGUUUGGUCGAGUAAGGUAGUAGGUAGGUAUUUAUUUAUUUGAUGAAAACUUUUUCUUCGCAACUUCCGUAUUUCCAUCUCUGUUUUUUUUUUUUUUUUUGAUCAUCGGUUUUACUCUACUUAAUGUUCACUAUUGAAGGGGGUCAAAUAAAUUGACAGUUGGUAGUUCCGCCCUCUGGUCAUUGUCCGCCAAUCGGAUCCUAUGGUCUUUUGGAAAUUCCAAAAAAUUCUGGUUCUGAUUGCUCAACGACGGCUGGAGGCGGAGCUACUAACCGCCAGUCUGUUUGCAUCCGUCCUUUUAGAACUUUCCAAAGGAACACAAGGAUUUUUUUCAAAAAACGUCGACUACUUUCAGUUUGUGUAUAAAAAGAAAAAAAAAAUUGCAAUCGAGGUCUUUCCAAGUGGCAUAAGUUCCUUAAUAAGGUUCUAGACGUUUUUCUACUUAUGACUCUUUUUCUAUGUAAAAUGUUUUAACACGAAACCAAUAAAAACAAUAACAUCAGUGAGUCUGACUGUAAAACAAACCGAAGCAGUAUUGCCGUGCUAACACAUAAUAUAAUUAAUAUUAUUAUGAUAUUAUAUAGGCGAGCAUCGAGGCAUUGGUCUUCCAAGUUACCAGGGAGGGGAGGGCAAAGCGGUGUUCAUAUUAUAAUUAUCAUUAUGCAUAAUUAACGACUAAGUACAGACAACGUAGUUCAAAGAUAAUACAAAUUUAAGCUAAGAAAUGGUGUUCUUUAUUACUUACAAAAACAUGCCAAAAACUAGUGUUUAAGAAGCGUUGUUGGGGGGUCGCGAAUCCAACGAUAACGCGUACCUAACUUUAACUAUAAAAUAUACUAUAGAAAUGUUUUGCUUCGUUUCGGUUACCACCAAAUUAAUCUUCUGCAAUUGUUUUUCUUUAACUCUUGACAUAAUAUUCCCACUUCUCAUUUUUGAAAUACCGUUAAACUACCUCAUAAUACGGUGAGCCUAGUCUGUCUGGAUCCUAGGACCUCCACAACUGCGAAUCCGGCCUAAUUAAUGAGUACCUAAUUAUUUAACCUACCUCGACGAGCAUUUUGUUAAACGCAACGAUGCCAGACACAAGUGUCUUAUCUUAUAUUUUUAUAUAAAAAAAAAAUUAGUACAUAAGUUAGGACGUAAGUUUUUAUUUCGGUUUUAUUAAUUUAUGCAUUUUUAAUCUUUUCCCGACCAAUUUUGGUCGGUGAAUUGGUGGGCUCUACGAACAAGUUGAAAAAUUAGUCUUAAACGCAUGUCUUGGGUUUUUCACAAAACCAGACUAUGCAUAGCGUGUAAGGAAUUAGGUUAUAAGUUUAAUAUAGCAGUUAGUACUAGUAGGUUAAGCACCGAACGUCUAAGAACAUUAAUGCACAAAAUAAUCGUAGUUAUUAAGCACAUGGUAUGUCUUGUUUACAAAAACAGACUGCAUGUAAUAGCGUGUAAGGGAUUAGGACAUAAUAUUAUAUUAAUUUUAACGUUAUUAGGUUAAGGACAUGCGAUGAUGUUCUGCAUAAUCGCAUGUCGAAUAUCGUCAAAAACUCUUCUUAUUAGCUGUAUAAUACAUGUCUUGGUUUUUUUCACAAAAACAGACUAUGUACUAGCGAGUAAGCAAUUGCAACAAGGAUUAAGAGAGCUAUAUUAGUUUAAGGUUUUUUUUUUAGACUAUGUACUAGCGAGUAAGCAAUUGCAACUAGGAUUAAGAGAGCUAUAUUAGUUUAAGGUUUUUUUUUUACAUUAUGAAUUUUUUUUUUAUGUUUCACCCAUGGCUAUCGGUGGACCGCCAAGUACUUCAUUUCAUUUUUUUUUUAAAUAUCAUAGAAAAAAUUUUACCACAGUUUUCCGUCGCGUUUUAACAUAUUUUGUUUAAAAAACUUCCAAUCUGUUAGUUCGCCGUUAUUGUCGCCUCCAGAGAUCUAGUUUAUCAAUUGAUUUUAAUAGAACCGAUUAUGACCCAACCGAUGGCUAUGAUGGUACGUACAUAAUACGUUUACUAGGAUAAUAUAAUAUUAGGUUAAGGACGAAAAUUAACUUUAAAAUCCACCCUCCUUAGUAAUAAUUUAUAUUGUAAGAAAAAAAAAAUAUACGAUAUAAAUUAUUUAUAGGCUUAUGUAUAAUAAUAGUUAUAAGGUUUAUUUGGUAUUUCGUUAAAAUUAAGUACUCGUAAGUAAGCAUACAAUAGAUAAGCGUUAACAUAUUAUGUAGGUAAGAAACUUAUGUCUUAAGGUCGCGGUUGUCCAACGAUCUCAUAGGUUUAAUGUUUAACGUAAAAUAAAAUAAAUUUUAAUAUUAAUAUAUAUUAAUAAUUAAUGUAUAUAUAUAUAUAAGGUAAGAAAAAUUGAAAUAAAAAAAUAUAUUACCAAAAAAGUCAGUGGCAUUCCACAUUUUCAACGUGCUGUGCAUAGCGUUAGGUGUAAGCUACCUCGGAAUCAAGUCGUUAUAAAUUUUUCGCAGUCGGUAUGUUUAAAUAUACACCCCCCUUAAAAAAAAAAAUGAUGUACUCAAAACGGGUACUUAGGCGUGGAAAAUAUUCAUAAAAUAUUCGAGAAGAUUGAUUGUGUCUGAAAAAAAAAAUUAUAUUCUGACAUGUAUGUUUUUAUUUUUAAAAAUGUAUUUGAUUUUUUUAUUUUCGAUUUUUGUCUCUGAUUAUUACAAUAUUGGUUUUCGUUUUUUCGAUUAUUUUUCUUUAAUUUUUUUGAUUUUCGUUUUACGUUUUAAUAUCUCAUUCCACGUUUUUUAACAACAAAUGCAAAAUUAUUACCGGACGAACUCCUUUGUCUUCCAACUUUGAUUUCGUUCUGCAUCGUUCUUAUUAUAAUUUUUUUUUUGAAUACCGUGUUCGAGAAGUGUGGUUUUAAAAAAUAAAACAUCCUUAGAGAGACAGACCGGUACAACAUCAUACAAAACAUCCUAGGCACAUGUUUACAAUUAUUAUUAUUAUUAUUAUUAUUAUUAUAAUACUCGGUUGUAUGUGUUAUAUUAUAAUAAUAUGUAAUUGUGAAAUUUAAAAAGUUAACUGAUUUAUUGUUUAAACAUUUUUUUAUUAUAAUUUUUUGAUCUAUAAAAAAAAAAAAAAUAACAAAAGACAAAAAAAAAAUCUACAAAAA